AUGAAGAUGCUUACUGUAAAAGACAUCUACACCCAUUUCAUCGGCGCGUAUCCUGUGGACACGAGGUCUGAGAUCAAUGUUAGGAACUCACUCAAAGUCUUCAUGGGCGAUAGGAAGAUCAAGCUGUUGUAUGGCGAUAAUGCCGAAGAGUUUGAGAAAGCUGCUGACACACUUGAGAUACCAUUUGACAACUCCGUUCCCAAUCGCAAACAAACCAAUGCUAUUGUUGAAAGGACUUCCUCCAUGCUAUUGGAGUUUGCGUUGCGGUGCUACACUCUCCUUCACAAUACUGAGAAAGUCAAUGGGGUUACCUUCAUUACGCUGAAGGAACUGCGGGCGAUGGCAACAUUUAUGUUGACGAUGAUGGAUACAAUGUCAAACUCGACAAGCUUGGCCAACGUUACCGG